AGCUACAUUUCCGGUUUGAUGGACACGGAAGUGGUAUUUGUUUAGCUUCAGUCUGGAGAGCACACGUACUUCACUCUUCAUCACAAUCCUACACUUUCUGAGCUGUUGACAUGCCUUUAUUCGCCCAGAACCCGUUUGACCAAGAUGUCGAGAAGGCAACCAAUGAGACCAACACCACAGACGACUGGGGGCUCAUCAUGGACAUCUGUGACAAGAUCGGAACGACCUCCAACGGCCCGAAGGACUGCCUGAGAUCCAUCAUGAAGAGAGUCAACCACAAAGUGCCUCAUGUGUCCAUGCAAGCCCUCAACCUGCUCGGCGCCUGCGUCUCAAACUGCGGUAAAAUCUUCCACCUGGAGAUCUGCUCCAGGGAGUUCGCCAAUGAAGUGCGCAGCGUGCUGGGCAGGGCGCACCCGAAGGUGUGCGACACGCUGAAGGCCAUGAUGGUGGAGUGGGCGGACGACUUCCAGAAGGAUCCGCAGCUCAGCCUGAUCGGCGCCACCAUCAAGUCCCUGAAGGAGGAAGGAGUCAGCUUCCCGUCCUCGUCCUCGUCCUCAUCCUCGUCCUCUCAGGGGUCCAGCUCAAAGGUCAACACUCCUGCUGCCAGCAAAGCAUCGGAUGACGACGACCUGGCCAAAGCCAUCGAGCUGUCUCUACAGGAGCAGAAGCAGCAGGCGGAGACGCGACCUCUGACCCUCGCCUCUGACACCUCCAGCCACACCAACGGCGGCGCGGCGCCGGAGGCCCGGAAGGUGCGAGCGCUGUACGACUUCGAGGCGGCCGAGGACAACGAGCUGACCUUCAAGACAGGGGAGCUGAUCCUGGUCCUGGACGACAGCGAUCCCAACUGGUGGAAAGGAGAGAACCACAGAGGCGUCGGCCUGUUUCCCUCCAACUUCGUCACGUCCAACCUGAACGCCGAGCCGGAGACGGGUACGGUGCCGUAUGUGGAGAAGACGUCCAGCCCCGAGGACAGCCUGGAGAGCCGAGCUGAGCCGGAGCCCGUCUUCAUCGACGAGGGGAAGAUGGACAGGACGCUGGCGCUGCUGCAGAACGCGGACCCCGCUGAUCCGGCCCCCGACUCGCCCGAGCUGGUCCAGCUGGAGGGCGCCUGCGAGCAGAUGAACCCGCUGAUCGACGAGAAGCUGCAGGAGAUCGACAGGAACCACUCGGAGCUGUCGGACCUGAACGUGAAGAUCGCUGAGGCCCUGGAGCUCUACAACAAACUGAUGAACGAGGCUCCGUUCUACUCGGCCUACUCCAAGAUGCAGUCGCAGUACGGCUCUGCCGUGAGCAUGCAGAGCUACCAGGGCCCGCCCGGCGUGCCGUACCUGCCCGCGGCGCAGCCCUACGCCCUGCCCGGCGACCAGCCCGGCCCCCUGUGCUCCAUGCCCCCCGCCGUGUCGGCCCCGCCCAGCAGCCAGGCCGGCCCCGCCCCCUACAUGAGCAGCGGCAUCAACGCCCAGUACAUGAGCCAGGCAGCGGGCGCUCCGGCGGUUCCCUACCCCCACCAGGCCACUGUCGCCAUGGAUAUGUCGGCCUACCACAGCUCCGGCAUGGCCUCGCUGUCCUACCCGGUGGCGCCCCCCCCCCAGCAGGCCGGCCAGCAGCAGGCGGCGUUUUACCAGCAACCUCUGCUGUGAAGCUCCUCCCACAACAGAGCGGGGACGGAAACACGUCUGUGUGUGUCUGUGUGUGUCUGUGUGUGUCUGUGUGUGUCUGUGUGUGUCUGUGUGUGUCUGUGUGUGUCUGUGUGCGUCUGUGUGUGUCUGUGUGUGUCUGUGUGCGUCUGUGUGUGUCUGUGUGUGUCUGUGUGCGUCUGUGUGCGUCUGUGUGCGUCUGUGUGCGUCUGUGUGCGUCUGUGUGCGUCUGUGUGUGUCUGUGUGCGUGUGUCAGAGGCGUGUGCGUCCCGGCGGUCUGCCGUGUGUGGACUCAGGACUCGUGACUGUCGGGGAGCCGCUCCUCUCCUGUCCUCUGAUUCGACUCGAAGCUGCGCCGAGCGGCUCCUCAUCCAGUUCAUGGCGAGCAGCAAUUUUCCAGUUUGACCCUUGACCCCCUUCAGAAGGUUAAUCGCCACCGGACGGCGGGGCGGCGAACGGCCGCCGCCGGGCGUCCAUCCUCGUCAGCUGCUCUGCUGCUCUGUUCUCUGCCUUCCAGCUCCAGACGCCGACAGAACGCCGACAGCCAGUCAUUCUUUCAACCUUCUCAACAAAAACUGAACCAAAUACAAAAUCUCUGAUGUUUAAAAAUAUCCUUCCUCUAAAUGCGACGCGAAGAUGCUUCAGCUGAAGAACCGGCUGGCAUUCUGGGAAAAAUGGCUGAAGCUGUCGGCUCUGGGAGGAGCGGCCUGAACGCUGGCGGCCGGCCUCGCUCAGACAGACACACUGUGUGUGUGUGUGUGUGUGUGUGUGUGUGUGUGUGUGUGUGUGUGUGUGUGUGUGUGUGUGUGUGUGUGUGUGUGUGUGUGUGUGUGUGUGUGUGUGUGUGUGUGUGUGUGUGUGUGUGUGUGUGUGUCCAGAUGUUUUUGUGCACACAGACUUGUGUGUGUGACGCCGGUUUGCGUCUCCGUCGUCACAUCUCGGCGUUGUGUGGUGCAGAGUAGAGUUUGGAGGCGGAGCCUGUCAGUCUGCGCCGAGGGCACAGCGGCCCACGGGGCCAGGCCGCCUGUUUUGCUGCAGGACAGUAAAAACCGUCAGACUGAGGACGGCCUGAGCUGGAGGGAAGACGGAGACGUUUCCUGGUCCUGGUCGUCCAGCGGCUUCAUCCAAAUGUGUGCAGCUCGGAGUAAACACACAAACGUCACGACAAACACCCACGUGUUGUGUUACGCAUAGAAAUCUCAGUACACACACACACACACCUCACUACAGACACACUGGACUCCCCUCAUGCGUUCACAGCUGACCCUGCGCCUGUUUUGACCCCGGUGGAGAAGAAGCUUCAUCGUUCCUCUUCCUCACCAGCACCCGUCACUACAGCUGAGCUCUGGCAGGAUUCUGACCUCUGACCUCUGACCACUCCUCCAUCCUCUUCCCCAUCAACUCACUGCCUUGUACCAGACUGCGGUUUCUUUUCUUCAGCAUAUUUAAGUGAAGUGUGUGUGUGUGUGUGUGUGUGUGUGUGUGUGUGUGUGUGUGUGUGUGUGUGUGUGUGUGUGUGUGUGUGUGUGUGUGUGUGUGUGUGUGUGUGUGUGUGUGUGUGUGUGUGUGUGUGUGUGUGUGUGUGUGUGUGUGUGUGUGUGUGUGUGUGUGUUUUUGCACGUCUGUGUUUGGAGGCUGUUUGUCAUCGACAGGUUUUGGAUUGAUGGUCAGAUUUGAGGCUGAGCUGGAAGUAGUUGAGUGUUUGUUAAUCAGAUUACAGGCUGCGUCUCUUCAUGACGCCUUCCUCCUGUUUCCGUUGUCGGGAUUCUGUGACGCAAAUGUAAAAAGAAUAAUUGAGAUGUCUGUCAGUACUGAAAAUUUGUAAACCAUCAUUGACAUUUGCCGACACUUGGAGUCAGUAUACACGUGAUGUUCUUUUGUUUUUUUGGAUUCUGCUUUUUCUGAAAUGUAAAUGGAACAGAUUUUCUUUAACACUGAGAGUCCGGAGUUCAGAUUAACGUAGCGUCGUCAGCCGUCCGAGGGACCCGGGGGCGGAGGGUCCCUCGUGUCCGCGGCCAUGUGUGUUAGUUGUAAAGUACCCGGGUUUGGCAUCGCACCUUAGCUUUGUAAACAUUUAUUUACCAUUGAAUGCCUUGUUUGUAUGUUGGAAUCAAAGAACGGCGUCAGCAAGGACUUCGGAGAGUGACUUCUGUCUCAGCAUCUUCUGGAUCUGUAUAAUUCUGUAUAUUUAAAAUAUUCCAGGAAAAAGUUCCUUUAUCCCGGAUUAAAAAAACCUGCUUUUGUAACAGAGCAAACUUAUGAAUAUUCUUUGAAAUAAAAUAAAAUAAAAAUGCCUGUUCU